UCAACUUUAACUAUAAUAAAUAAAAACAAAUAAAUUGUUAUAUAUUUUUUUUUAAAAAUUACAACACUUUAUGUUUUUCAUCUAUUCUAUAUAUAAAUAUUCUUGUAGAUUUCUUUAUAUUGCCGAUAACAUUCAAUAACGCGUUUUAAAACUUAAAUCUUGUAAAACCAAUCAUGUCUAGUUAGAUAGUGAAUAGAGGACUACGCAUAUAUUUAAAAGAAUGCUCAGAAAACUUUUACUGAACACAUAGCUUACUGUAAUAAAAAAAAAAAUUAGGGUAGAUAAUUAAACUCGCCUUAUAUAAUCAACCACUUUGUUAUGACAGCAAUUAGAAACUAAACUUCAUGGUCAUGGCCCGUUCUCAUUUAGCAAAAAACCUCUAUCUUGAUUAACUACUUCACCUUGGAGACCAUGGCUUAUUUAUUAUAAUAAUACAGAAAGUGCCUACUUGUUCUAGUCCUAAACGUUCUUGCUGAAACUUCUUAUAGAAUAGAUCUAUUAGCAUCAUGAUUGUGGAAAAAUUGCCGUUGAGACUAUCAAAGCUGUUAAACUAUUAUCCAUCUAUAUUUUUGAGCAGUAAUAGGUUUAUAGAAAGACACCAACAUCAUCUUCUCCAUGAAUAUAUCCCUAAAAGAACUCUUAUGAGUUUGAGCAAUAAUAAUAUAAUACAAAGACGUCAAAAUUUUUUGCUCUACGGAUACAUCUCUAAAAGAAAUGUGAAAGAUUUCCAACAUUGUAGAUCAAAAAGAACACCUGCUAGUGCUGCUGUUUAUCAAAUAUUCAUGGGAGUUGCUUUGGUGUUUGUUUCAGCAAAUUUUCUUUGGCUUGAUUACGCAAAGGACCUGUAUGGUAGGAUUACAAAAUCUUGGAAGGUAGAUGCCGCUACUGCCCUUACUGAAAGCAAAAAGAAAUCAAAAAAAUCUGAAGACAAUGAAGAAGAGAGUGAAAUUGAAGUAAAAGAGGAAAAGAAAAAGAAAGAUAGGCCUGGCUUCAGAGAUCGAAAGAUCAUUGAAUAUGAAAAUCGUAUUCGUGCAUACUCUACACCUGAUAAAAUAUUUCGAUAUUUUGCUACCCUUCGAGUAUAUACUGAACAAGGUGAAUCAGAAAUAUUUAUGACACCUGAAGAUUUUCUUCGCUCUUUAACUCCUGGUGUUAAGCAACCUGAAGGCCUGGGUCUUGAUCAAUACAAAAAAGUUGAAAUUAAGGCUGAUGCUUUUCAUGUUCCUGGAAAGUUAGAAAUUGAUGUGCAAACUGCUGAUGCAAACAAGACUGUUUUGACUCCCAACAAAGAAAGCAUUUUUUACAAAUUGGGUGCUUCUGGACUGAUUGGAUUUUCAGAAUAUAUGUUUCUUCUUACAAUUUUGUCAGCGUCUAAGAGACAUUUUGAAAUAGCUUUUCGAAUGUUUGACCUCAAUGGCGAUGGAAAUGUUGACCAUGAAGAGUUUGACAAAGUCCAGACCAUAAUCCGGAGCCAGACCAGUGUGGGAAUGCGUCACCGAGAUCAUUCAAAUACUGGAAACUGUUAUAAAUUCUUUGGUAGUGCCUUAUCUACAUAUUUCUUUGGUCCUAACUUGGAUCGAAAGCUUACUAUCGAAAAGUUUUUAGAAUUCCAGAAACAAUUACAAACUGAAAUCUUGACUUUAGAGUUUCAAAGAAAAAAUCCAAAUGCAGAAGGAUUUAUUCGAGAAGUUGAUUUUGCAGAUUUGCUUUUAACAUAUGCUGGAUUAUCAGAAAAAAAGCAUAUCAAGAUGUUAAAACGUGUCAAGAAGAUUUUCAAAAAUUCCAGAGGUAUAAGCCUUGAUGAUUACUUACUUUUCUUUCACUUUUUGAAUGAUAUUAAUGAUGUUGAUACUGCAUUAACUUUUUAUCAUAUUGCUGGAGCAUCUAUUGAUCCAGCAACCCUGAAACAUGUUGCCAAAACUGUGGCGCAUUUAGACUUGAGCGAUCAUGUUAUUGAUGUUGUUUUUACACUAUUUGAUGAAAAUCUUGACGGACAAUUGAGCAAUCGUGAAUUUGUAGCAGUAAUGAAAGAAAGGUUACAUCGUGGCUUAGAGAAACCAAAAGAUACGGGUUUUGUUAAGCUGAUGGAUUCAGUUUGGAAAUGUGCAAGGUUGAAGAAACCUGUUUUGUUAGAUGUUUAAAAAUCAUUGCACAAAUUGUUAUCCUUAUAAAACUAUUCUGUGUUGAAGUUUGCUUAGAAUAUUUGUUAGAUCUGAAGGCCCAUUUCAUUCAUUUAUUAGUCGUUCCUAUUUAUGAGAAGAUUCUGUAACUUAGCAAAAUAAAUAAAUCAAUAACAGCAAA